ACACAUCGUCCUCUCCUCUUAAAAAGUUGUCAGAUUAGGCGUGUCAUGGUCUUGAGUCUUGACUCAGUCCUCUGAAGAAACUCAAUUCACCAAAUCAAGAGAAGAGAAUAAUAGAUUGUAUCGUCUUUUUGCUUUACAUUCCCUUGGGUUUUCCCCAAAUUUCAUCUUACGAAAUUCCGAUGUCUUCCUCAAAGACGAUCAUUUUGAAGAGUUCCGACGGGGAGAUCUUCCAGGUGGAGGAGGCGGUGGCGCUCGAGUCGCAGAUGCUCAAGUACAUGAUUGUGGACAACGAUGACACCACCAUCACCAUCCCCGUCCCCGAGGUAACUAGCAAGAUCUUGGGCAUGGUUAUAGAGUACUGCAAACGCCACGUCGAGGCCGCCGCGAAGGGGACCAUUGAUUCCGACGAUCUCAAGGCCUUCGAUGCUGAUUUCUUCAAAGUUGACCAGGAAACGCUGUUUGAUCUCAUCCUGGCUGCUAAUUUCCUCAACAUCAAGAGCUUGCUCGAUCUUACCUGUCUAAUUGUUGCUGAUAUGAUCAAGGGGAAGACACCAGAGGAGAUCCGCAAAUUUUUCAAACUCCAAAAUGCCUUCAUACCAGAGGAAGAAGAAGAGGUCCGUAGGGAAAAUGCUUAGGGAUUUGAGUGAAAUUUCGAAGUCUCUUAAUUUGUUUGCUUUAAUGUAUGAUGUAUCCUACUAAAUCCUCUUUGUUAUCAUAAUAAUGUAUGUAUAUGGUACCCUUUUAAGUUUCGAGUU